CUGCUUGUCAAAAUCCUCAACAAGAUCCAUAUUUUCUCUAAAUAAGAAAACUAGUCACACUUUGCCUUGAAAUGGCUCCUGCGAUCCAAGGCCAGGUGAGCUUUAAUCCCCAUACGGGAAUACAACCGCUUGGCGGAAAGGUUAUAUUCAUCACCGGAGGCACUGCUGGAAUAGGAGCUGAAACAAUGAGGUACCUCGCUGCUCAUCGCCCCGCUCACAUUUACUUCUCCGGCCGGAACAAAGAAUCAGGAAAUGCGUUAGUCGCUGAAAUCUCCAAACAGUUCGUUGGAGUUGGCCUGACGUUCAUUGCAAUGGAUCUCUCAUCUUUUGCUUCGAUUGCAUCGGCGGUGAAGGCAGAGUUCAAGCAUGAUAGGCUAGACAGACUUAUCAACAAUGCCGGCAUCAUGGCUCAGCCCUUCACACUGAGCAAAGAUGGAUACGAGAUCCAAUUUGCGACCAAUCAUCUUGGCCACGCAAUGCUACUUAAGCAUCUACUUCCGACGCUGUUGAAGACCGCGAAAUUACCAAACGGCGACGUCCGUGUUGUAUCUUUGACAUCGCUCGGAUUCCGGUACCAUCCCUCCGCUGGCAUUGACUUCGAAAGAUUGGAAAGCGGAAGCUCGCUGUCGUACAUGGGCACAGGUGGAUGGCUAAGAUACGGUCAAUCCAAGCUAGCCAACAUCCUAUAUGCUUCCGAGCUUGCACGCAGAUACCCGCAAAUCACAUCUGUCUCUGUACACCCGGGUGUGGUGAAAACACCCCUUGUCAACACCCAAACGUGGUACAACCGAAUGCUUAUUCAUGCGAGUCAGUUCAUCAAUGGUGGUUUAAUGAAGCCCAGUCAGGGAGCAUGGAAUACAGUUUGGGCUGUUGCCGCUGCUGAGAAGGAGGAUCUCCGAAAUGGCACCUUCUAUCUCCCUGUCGGAUUCGACGGGUGGGAUAACACUCUGGACAAGGCCGCAAAGGACGAGAAGCUCGCAAGCCAGCUGUGGGAAUGGACUGAGGAGGUUCUUGCAAGAUAUUGAGACACGAUAUGUGUAUGGGCUCAAAGUGUUGAUCCACUGUGCCACAAUAUGUUAAAACAACUCGGAUUGAGGGACAGCAAGAUAGCUAAGGCCCCUUAGAGGAGUUCUCC